AAAUAAAUUGAUGUGUCAAAACGAGUAAUUUACAAAUAAUAAAUAAUAAUAAUGUGGUGUUCUUUUGAAAGUUGUAAUUAACAAAUAAUACCAAUUACAGAUUUUCGUUUAAAUUGAAGUGACAAAAACAACUCCUCUUUCCUUUGCUACGCAGCGCACACACCUCUAGUAAGAACAAGUAAUCUUAAAUCUAGUAAUAACUGAUUGGUAACAAAAUCAAUGCAUAUAUAAAUAGAUGGCUUGGCUAUUCUAAAAUGAACACAAUUAAUAAAAAAUAUGAUGAGAUUCGCUGGUAUUAUGGGAAAUUAACUAGGGAGGAAGCUGAGACGAUCCUAACUCAAGAUGGAAGAAAUGGAUUGUUCCUUGUGCGUGAUAGCAAUUCUUCCACAGGAGACUAUGUCUUGUCUGUUCUUCAUAACAGUCUAGUCAGACAUUAUCAAAUAAGGAGACAUAUAGACGAUGCCUUUUUUUCUAUAAACGAGUGCCUUAAAUUCCACGGUUUAGAAGUCCUCAUUGAGUAUUACACGAAAAACUCCAUUAAUGACGAAGGGGUUUUGACCGAAUACAUCCCAAAAUAUCCACCCCCGCAUGAUUCAUUACGACAUGGGCGGAUUAAUUUACUACACAGAGCAACCGAUUGUGGCAAUUACACCAUAGUUUCCGAGUUACUGAAGACCGAUUAUCCUCACGAUGCUAAAAAUCAAGACGGCCAAACGGCCGUACACCUGGCGAGUAAAAACGGACAAAAUGAAAUCCUAUCGAAGCUAAUCGAGUGCGGAGCCAGCGUUAAUUUGAGAGACUCCGCUGGAUUCACUCCGCUACAUUAUGCUUGUCAGAACAAUUAUCCAGCCACAGCUAGGCUGCUCGUGCAAGUUGGCCAUGCUAAUGUGCAAGCUAGAAACACGGAAACAGGAUCUGUACCUUUACACGAGGCUGCUAGUCGGGGCCACAAGGAGGUCGUUAAAGAACUGCUGAGUUUAAACGCACCGGCUAGGCCUAGAAACAAAGAGAACAAAACUCCUGCACAAUUGGCCAGGUCGAACAAUUACAACGAAUGCGCUGACAUUUUAGAAUUGUAUAGAUACACAGCUAAGAGGACAGAUAAGAGCGAUUGGUAUCAUGGGACGCUCGGAAGGCAAGAAGCUGAAAUGAUUAUUAGGCAGUACAGCGGUAAAUGUGGCACAUAUUUAGUGAGAUUUAGUGAAAGAAACAAGGAAGAUGUAUUAACGUUAUUAAACGACGGGAGGUUUCGUAAUUACAUAAUCCACAGCAAAAAUGGAUAUUUGUUCAUUGAUGAUGGUCCUUACCUAGAAUCAUUAGAACAUAUAGUGGAGCACUACAGUUUAAUGUCGGACGGUUUACCUAUAGAAUUAUUGUAUCCCGUUCCACCGAAGCCGAAACCUCCGGUUCCCGAAUUUUCCACGAUGCCGAGGCCAAACAAGAACAAAAUCGCGCCGAAAGUAGCGCCGAAAACCAUCCCUGUGGAUGAUUUGCACAGCAAGCACUUCCCUAGUCAGUUCGCAAACAUAUCAUUUACCAGCGACUUCGCAUCGAACAACAACAAUUACAACGACGCCAAAAGUGACUACAUCCCCGCGGAGAAUCUAACGAAAGGCCGGUUGAUCGGCGAAGGAGAAUUCGCUUCUGUUUACGAAGGUAGUUACUUAAAAGACAACGGCGACAAGUUGAAGGUAGCGAUUAAGAUCCUUCACAACGAACAAAUGGAGACCAAUCGGGGUGCAUUUCUAUCCGAAGCUCAAGUGAUGGUUAAACUGAAUCACCACUGCAUCGUGAAAUUGAUAGGGCUGUCUUUGGGGCCGCCUUUGCUGAUGGUGCAAGAGCUGGUGCCGUUAGGGUCCAUUUUGCAGUACAUCGAAGUGAACAAAGAUAAGAUCAAUCCGAAUUACGAGUUCAAAAUAUGGGCUGCUCAAAUUGCGUGCGGAAUGCAAUAUUUGGAAGAAAAUCGAUUCGUUCACAGAGAUUUGGCCGCGAGGAAUAUCCUUUUGGCCAGUCAAGUACAGGCGAAAAUAAGCGAUUUUGGUUUGUCGAGAGCAUUGGGCACAGACCACGAAUAUUACAGGGCUUUGGCCGGAGGAAAGUGGCCACUUAAAUGGUACGCGCCGGAAUCCUAUAAUUACGGGCAAUUCUCGCACAAGAGCGAUGUUUGGAGCUUCGGCGUUACGAUUUGGGAAAUGUAUUCGUUCGGAGCGUCUCCUUAUGGGGAAAAGAAGGGUUCAGAUGCGAUAAAUCUGAUUGAAGCUGGGGAACGGCUGGAACAACCAGUCGAAUGUCCAGACGAGAUUUACAAAAUGAUUAAGAAUUGCUGGGAAUAUAGAAAGGAAGACAGGCCGACGUUUAACGAGCUGGUGGAGUUUUUCACAUCUGAUUCAGAGUACAUGAAUAUCAGAGAAUUACUACCGACAGUCGAUCUUGCUUAGUGCGUAAUUUAUUUAAUCUAACAAUUUCAUCGAAUUCUAACUCUUAAAAAUAUACCAAUUUAAUAAGCUGCCAUAGAUUGAAUACUUUUUUAUAGGCAAAGUAUUUGAAAUCAUUUUAUUAGUCUAUGUUUUAUUGAUUUAGAUUUAUGAAAUCAUUUUAAGAAAAUUUUUAUGCUAACAUUCCAUGUUUUUAUAUAUGACAAGGUAUUUUUACAUUUUUAGUAAAUUUAUUAAAAUCGAAACACUAAUUCAAAG